AUGUUUAUAUGCCUUUUUAUAUGGAUGGAAAGCAACUUUGGGUUUUGUGGUCAAUACAUCCAAUGGAUAGAUUUACUGCUAAAAGUCACCAUUUGGUUAGAAAGACUCCUCAUAAAGCUCUGAUUUGGUUGUAAAAACCGUGUACAAAAAAAUAAAAAAUUGGAAAAUCACUUUUUUUUGUUGCCAAUCUAUCCAAAAAAGUGCAUGUAA